CCAACAGCACCACUACACCCUUUCCCCGCAAAGGCAGACAGUUGGUUUGGUCAUCAGCUAUCAUGAUCUACCUCAACAGCUGUGCCUCUAAACUUGCAGCCCCCUCAGUCGCAGAGCAGAUCGGAGCGAGCAGGAUAAGGAGCAUUAGUAGGACGGGGCCGUUUGACCCUCUUCACUUUGUAGCACAGGCAGACACUCAAAGCACAGACAGAGAGACAAGAAGACAAUACCUUGCUGCUGUCUGAGUGAAGAGGAAAGAGUCGUAGAAAGGGUACAUGACAAAAAAGUUUUAUUUUUUCGCUAGACUAAACAUUGAGCACGCGGAAGCAUGGAAAAGCGCACCAAGAUAAACAUUGCCAUUUUUGUGCUGCUGGUGGGCAUGGCCUGCAUGUUCACGGCCGUGGUGACGGACUACUGGGCCGUGCUCAGCCCUCAGGUGAAGAAUGUCAACGAGACGUGCGAGGCGGCCCACUUCGGCCUCUGGAGGCUGUGCAAGAAACAAAUCUACAUCAGCGCUGACGACUACCAGGAGAAGCACGGCUGCGGACCCAUCACCCUGGCUGGAGAUGAAAACUGCACUUACUUCGGCCACUUUACUCCAGGACAGGACACUGAGAUAUUUGAACACAAAACACAGAAAGAGUACAACAUCUCUGCUGCAGCCAUCUCCAUCUUCAGUCUGGCCUUCAUGAUUUUAGGGUCUCUGUGUUUGAUUGGCUCAUGCACGGGUAAAGGCAAAGGAAGACUAUACCUCCUCAAACCUUCCGGAAUGUUUUUUGCAUUUUCAGGUCUGUGUUCGUUCAUCUCACUGGAGGUGAUGCGUCAGUCCGUCAAACGCAUGAUCGAGAGCGAGGACACCAUCUGGAUCCAAUACUACUACAGCUGGUCCUUCGCUUGUGCCUGCGUUGGCUUUGUCCUUCUCUUUCUCACUGGCAUCGCCCUCCUCAUCCUCUCCAUGCCACAAAUGCCCAGGAACCCGUGGGAGACCUGCAUGGACGCCGAGCCCGAGCAAGUGGAGUGAAAGUUCGAACCAUAUUAGAGUGUAAGAAGAACAAGAGCUGGAAGGACCGUAGCCAUGAUGGGAAGUUUACCUCGCAACCAUUAAACAACUUGAAUGUGUCUUUUGUAGAGUUUCUAAAAUAUGUACGAGAAAUGAAAAGGAACGUCAUCUCUUAAACCUGUUGAUGAUGGAAAACUAAAAGCCCCCUUGUUCACAAGCAGAGAGACAGGCUCGCUAUAUAUUGCAAUAUUACAUUAAACGGGCAAAAUAUUAUGUUUUCCUAUUCCAAUAUUUUCUGAUACUCUUGGUUCUUAUUAGAGUGUGCAAGUGACGUGUGCCUCACGCAGGUGGACAGCGAGUGAAUGAGCUCAUAUUCUUUUUUUUCUCCGCCCAUGACUCAUAUUCAAAUAAUUACAUAAUGUGACCAUGGUGUGAUUGAAUAAUUAUGCAGUGCAUGCAGUCUCUCAUGUGUAUGAUAUAUUGUACAUAUUAAGUGUUCCUCUUCUGAUUUUACUUUUGUGGUAUUUCACAAGCAAUAGCACAAACAAAAACAAAAAAAACAAACAAACAGAGAAAACAAUAAUGGAGCCAGACAUUGAGUUUUAGAUUAGUUGCAUUAACUUUAAUUAUUUAGAUUUAACUAAUCUAAUUGUGGAGUAAAUGAACCUAAAGCAAUGAACAGCUUUGUGUUGCAAGUGCUAAAAAAAAUAAUACUUUUCAGACUCUAAAAUUUGUAUUGAUUGCUAUUCAUGCUCAAUGGUCCCCAAUGAUCUUCAUGAUGUGUUAUGCUGCAGUUGUGCGUAUUUGUCAUCUGUAUUGUAUGCUGUCUCUGUCUACCAAAUUUGUGAGGUUUUUCUUUCAAUCCAAAAAACAAACAAAUACAAUUUUGGUGAUACAUCCUUUUUGGGGGGGACAGCGACUGAAAGACAGCAGCAUGAGAUUUAAUUAGGGGUUGUUGUAUACAUAUAGCAUAUACUUUUUGGUGGCUUUGUCAAGGUUUAAUAGUGUGUUGUUGAAUUUCGAAAUGUUGCAUAUUCUAUGUGUGCACCUUUUUAAGGAAAAAUAAAUAUGCUUGGGACACUU